GCUAAGGGGGAGCUCCUGGAUUCACUCUUAUUAAGGGAUCGUUUUGUUGGAAAUAAAUUAUUUCAGGAUAACUUAUUCUGAAAUUAGUUAUUCUAUCUUUUUAUAAGAAUAAAAUAAUACUAUAAUUUCAGGAUAAUUAAUCCAAAAAUUAGUUAUAUCAUAAUUUUAUUACAAUUAAAUUUGAAAUAAACUCAUUUUAAAUAUAAUUUUGAGAUUAUUUAUCUUUAUCCUUCGUACCAAAGGAGACCUAAGAGUAGUAAAAUACAUCCAUAUUAUCUAGAAGAAGUCGACAUUCCGAUCACAGAAUCAGACAUGGUGUGGCAACUUCUUGCUGGUUUGACAAGUGAAUAUUCGCCCGUCAAGAAAUUAAUAUCAACAAGGCGCCCUCUCCUCACUUUUGAAGAUGCUUGUUCCAUGGUGUCCAUGCAGGAACGCAAAUUUUUGCAGGAUCAUCACGAGGAGCAAAAUACAACUGAUCCUCGUGUUGUUGGUGAAGAGGAGUCUUCUGCUUUUACUACCCUAGAGAAGGUGGUUACUGUAGUGGGUGCAGUGAGUACUGUAGUUACUGCAGUUACUGCACUGGGUGCAUUACCUACUGUAGCUGGUGCAGUUGGUGCAGUGGGUGCAUCAAGGAUAUUGUAGGUUGUGCAGUGUUUGCAGUGGGUGUAGUGGCUAGCUGGAAAGUUUGGCAGUCGCAAAAAAAAUUACGAAUAUGAAUAGAGCUAGUCUUAUUGUGUUUGUAUUUGUUGUUUAAUUAAGUAACAAUUGGGUCUAACUGAUCUUCUUCAAAACCUUGAAUUGUUAGUCCCAUUUAAAGUUUGUCUUUGAGAUGUAUGAUAUGCAACAUGAUGUGAAGUUGAAGUUGUAUUACUAUAUUUUCAUUUUCCUUUCGGGGCAUUUUUGGUAUGGAGGUAUGUUUUUUCUUCAAUUUUUUUUCAUGUUUUCGUCAGGGGUGUCCCGCCAUUUUCUCCUUCUUUGAGUGCCCAAUUAUAGAUUUCGUUUUUAAUUAGGUUUCCUCAUCAGCUUUUCCUAGUUUGUCGUUUAGCCGGCCCCUUUUGUGAACUUGCAUGUA